AUGGAUCCGGCAUUGCUCGUGGAUCAGCCUGGCCGUCUACCUGCUGAAGAUCAUAUAUCAGGGAUGUCACCUCAGAGCUGCUCUGAGAGCAACCUGAGGUUUCUCUGUGAGCUUCAGCUUGGGCCAGCACAGACACCUGGUGUUGAUGAUUACAGGGUCGGUAUGGACAAUGAGUUUGUGACUGUCAUUGUCCCUGCACAGUGCAGUGUCUACCAGCUGCGUCUACGCAUCUGCAUGCAGGCCCAGGAAAAAAACUGGCAACCAGACCCGUUUGCAAUCCUUGACCCAGACAAAUAUAAUCUACUAUAUCCUAGGGGGGAUGACUUGUACGAGGCCUAUGAUGAUUGUCAGGUUAUCCGGACAUUAGAUAUUCCAUGGUCACAUGAUGACUCUCAGUGUCUGUCAGCACACAUCCUGGUAAAACCUGUGGUAGCGGUUGAUUCAGAAGAGAAGGAGAAACAACAGCAGUGUCUGACUUACCUGAUUGGGUAUGACCUGGAGAAAGAAGCAUCUGACAGACUUGGUGAGCUCACAUUCACUCGCAGGAAGCUGGCAGCUCCUAGAAGGCAAGAGCUAAGAAAUCGGGAUGACACGUUGUAUGCAACAGAGCCUUGGAUAACAUGUGUCCCUUUUCCAGCUGACCUACAGGACUGGCUAAACAGAAAGCUUCCUGUUACCCUCCAUUACAUGAACAAGAUCAGCUUCAGCAUACAGGUGGACUUAAGUGCAACACCAGAUGUUCUUCUGAAAGUUUUUAGAAGGGUGAUGGCAGACCAGGGCAUUCAUUAUGACACUUCCGACAGUCUAGUGUUAAAGGUAUCAGGGAGGGAGGAGUUUUUAACUGGAGACCACACACUCAGCGAUUUCCUCUGGGUUCGACAGUGCCUGAAAAACAUUCAAGGCCUCCACCUGUCUGUGGUCCCUGUGUCACAGCUUAUUGAGGAGACUGUCAAGUUUGUGGACUGGCCACUUGUUGAUGGUUUCAGUGGCCAGUUCAGCUCCCACAAUGAUCUCCGUCUUGAGGGAAAGGAUUUGGAUGACAUCUUCAUGAUAUCCUUGUGGGACUGCGACAGGAAACUCAGAGUCAAACUGCUUGGCUUUGACAUCCCAACACUUCCAAGCAAAUGCCCUCAGUCUGUUUAUGUCGAAGCUUCUAUACUUUAUGGUAACAAGGUUCUCUCUUCAGUGUCCUCCUCUCCCAAGGCCUUUGCAGAUGAAGUACUGUGGAAUGAGUGGUUGGACUUUGAUGUUCUCCUUAGGGACCUGCCACGUGGAGUUAAACUGGGCUUCACUAUCAAUGCCAGUGGUGGUGACUCCCCAGUAUCACCAGACUUGCAGAAAGGGAAGGGGAAGGUCCUCUACUUUGUCAAUCUUCUCCUCAUAGAUCACAGGUCCGUCCUUAGCCAGGGAUCCUACACCCUGUACAUGUGGUCCUACCUUGACCUGGAGGAAGGGGCCUUCACCUACCAGGCAGACAAGCUGUCCUCUGCUACUAACCCAGACAUAGCUGACUCCAUGGCCAUCAGCUUCCUUCUGGACCGCUACAGCUUCCCUGUGGUUCUCCCAAAUAGCUCUAGCCUCUCUGAACGCUCCGACAGUCCAUCCACAACAAAAUCUUUUCAUUCCUCACCACCUUCCACCUUUUCCAGCACAGAUUCUUCCUCUCUACAUUUGAAAACUCACCAAAGCCUAUCAACGCACACUGUAAGCCUCAAAUCCUCAUCUCAAGACACCAGCACCAAUAGGGCCGGCCUCAAAAGGUUUCGGAAGGAAAGCCUACGAUAUACCUCAAGUUUGCCCCACUACUUACGCAGUGUCAACUGGAUGGAUCACAGAGUGGUUGAAGAUGUUCACUGGCUACUGGGAAACUGGAAUCCUGAAGACCUUGAUUUAACAGUGGCCCUGGAACUGCUAAGUAUGGAUUUUCCUGAUGAGACUGUCAGGAGACUUGCAGUCCAGAGACUGGAGAGUCUGUCCAAUGAUGAUGUACUGAAGUAUUUGCUACAGCUGGUGCAGACCCUUAAAGUGGAACCUUACCAUGACAGUUUCCUUGCUCGGUACCUCAUCCAAAGAGCUCUGCGGAGCAAGAGAAUCGGCCACUUCUUCUUCUGGUAUGUCCGCAGUGAGGUGGCAGGAUGUCCGUACUUCCGCCAGCGCAUGGCUGUGAUUCUGGAAGCCUAUUUACUGGGCUGUGGUCAGGCCAUGCUCAACAGCUUCACCCAGCAGGUCCAGGCUGUGGAGGCCCUACAGGAUGUUGCUAUAAUCAUUAAGAAUCUCUACCCCAACAAGACUAACCUCACUCCAACAGAGCAGCUGGACAAAUGCAAGGUAAUGGCCUCAAAAAAGAAGCCGCUGUGGCUGGAGUUCUCUCCCAUGCCAUCUCCCACCUCUACUACACCAGUUGGAAUAAUCUUCAAACAGGGGGAUGACCUCAGACAGGACAUGCUGAUCAUUCAGACACUGGUGCUGAUGGACUCUAUCUGGCAGGAGAAGUCUCUGGACCUUAACCUGGUUCCAUAUGGCUGCAUCUCCACAGGACGCAACAUAGGUAUGAUUGAGAUUGUGAGGAACUCCACGACCAUCGCCACAGUCCAGAGAAACCAUGGAGGAACAAAUGGGGCCUUCAUAAAUGAUGCUCUGUUUAAGUGGCUCAAGUCCAUGUGUCCACUCCAGGAAAUUCACUACAAAACUGUGGAGAUGUUUGUGAAAUCCUGUGCUGGGUAUUGUGUGGCCACCUAUGUACUGGGCAUAGGAGAUCGACACAAUGACAACAUCAUGAUAACAGACCAAGGGAACUUGUUUCACAUCGACUUUGGUCACAUCCUGGGUAACAGAAAGCACUUUCUUGGAGUAAGCAAGGAGCGUGUACCGUUCGUCCUCACACCUGACUUCCUGUAUGUCAUGGGCAGGGUUAAAGGUCGCAACAGCCUCAAUUUUCAGCGGUUUCGGAACAUUUGCACCCAGGCCUACCUCUCCUUGCGCACCCACUCCCGUCUGCUGGUCACCCUGUUCUCCCUCAUGCUGCCAACAGGCAUCCCAGAGCUGAGUGCUGCAGAGGACAUGCGCUACCUGCGGGAGGCGCUCCAGGAGGAGCAGGGUGAGGCAGAGGCCAAGGAGCAUUUCUUGCAGCAAAUAUCUUUGUGUGAGCAGCUGGGCUGGACCGUGCAGGCUAACUGGUGGAUCCACAUGUGGGCAGGCAUCAAAUAG